AUGGAACAAGUAAAACUAUAUGGUUUCGGGCCUAGCCCGUUUAGUUACAGAGUGAUAUGGGCUUUGAAGCUAAAGGGUGUGAGGUUUGAAUACAUUGAAGAAAACCUCCCUAUCAAGAGCCCGCAACUUUUGCAACUCAACCCGAUUCACAAGAAAGUUCCAGUGCUAGUUCAUGGAGGCAAACCAAUCUCUCAAUCUCUUGUAAUUCUUGAGUACAUUGAAGAAACUUGGCCCGAAAACCCUUUGUUGCCCAAAGAUGCAUAUGAAAAAGCUAUGGCCCGGUUUUGGAUCCGAUUUGCACAAGAGAAGUAUCCUACCCUAAAUACAUUCUUUCGAACUGUUGGACAAGAUCAAGAACUGGCAAUCAAAGAAGCACUACAAGUUCUGCAAAUUCUUGAAGAUCAAGCUUUAGGGAACAAAAAAUUCUUCACUGGCGAAACCGUUGGAUUAGUGGACUUAUCAUUUGGAUGGCUUGCUUAUUGGAACGAAUGCAUGGAAGAAACAGCAGGGACCAAGAUAAUAGAAUCAACCAAUUUACCACGUUUGCAUAAAUGGAUAGAGAAUUUCAAGCAAAAUCCAAUUAUUCAAGAAAAUCUUCCGUGCCGUGACAAUUUACUAGCAUAUUUGAGAACAAAACGAGAGAAGAUAGUCUUACGGCGUAGCCUUACAUCGAACGGUCAUAAACGGCAAUACAAUUUGUUACUUAGUAAUCCAACGUAUUAG